CUGUCUUGAAACCACAGCUUCAACCUCGCACUCGUCGCAUCGCACAGGCAGAGUGAUGGUGAUUAUAAUAUGCGUCUGGCGUCCAAGUGCAUCGCCAACAGAAAAAAGCUAAGCGUCCCGCUUUAGAAAAUUCAUACUUGGCCUAUCUACAUUACAGUCACAGCGGGAAGGGCGGCAGGUAUCUUACAACAUCCCAAGAUGGGGACCUGUACAAGCACAGGCAGGGGCAAGGAAUUUGGCACAGAUUACACCGGAUACAAACUGUCCUCUUUCCUCAGUGAUCUGAAGCCUCAUUAUGACGUCAUUGUCAUCGGAUCCGGAUAUGGUGGGUCAAUCGCAGCAAGUCGCUGCGCCCGGGCGGGGAAAACAGUGUGUGUCUUGGAGAAGGGCAAAGAGUGGUGGCCGGGGGACUUUCCCGAAACAUUGAUGGAAGCAGCGAAAAACACCCAGAUUACUCAGAAAGAUGGUUCGGUAAUAGAAACAGGUAAACCGACUGAUUUAUACGACAUCAUCAUCGGGCCCGAAGUUACAGUCGUUCAAGGAUGUGGUCUGGGUGGGGGGUCACUCAUCAACGCCAACGUCGCUUUGGAUGCCGACCCUGAAGUCUUUGAUGACAAGGCCUGGCCGCAAGCGUUGCGCUAUGACGUCACCAACCUGAACGGCGCUGAUCGUGAUCACGUGAUAUCGAUGCUUCGACCAAUGGAGUACCCGGAUAGUCAUCCAUCACUGCCAAAGCAAGCAGCUAUGAAGAAGAUCGCAAAAGGAAUCGUCACCGAUAUCGAAGACCUGGCCACCAAGGAACUAUACAAGAAGGUACCGCUCUAUGUUAACUUUAAGAAGACCAAGAAGAACCACAUCGGGUUGCCGCAACCUGCUUGUGUCGGCUGCGGCAACUGCUGCAGUGGCUGCAACACAGGUGCCAAGAACACACUCAACAUGAACUACCUUCCCGAUGCCAAGGCACAUGGCGCUUACAUCUUUACAGAGGUUCGAGUAAAGUCGAUCAGAAGGGAUGAGUCUUCAGGAAGAUGGCUUGUCUACUAUGUGCCUCUCGGCCAGGACGACUUCAACGAAGAGGAACGUACCGUGUCCGCAGAGACAGUCAUCCUAGGGGCAGGAUCCCUCGGUUCCACCAAUAUUCUGCUUCAGUCCGCCUUCUAUGGGUUAUCGCUCUCACCUAAGCUCGGCGAGGGAUUCACUACAAACGGGGACGCCCUCAACUUCAGUUACAACGGCACCGAUAAGAUCCGUCCAGUGGGAAUAGCUUUAAAGGACCUGGCGAGGAAGCCGACGAAAGCACCCGGACCUUGCAUCACAGGAUUCCUGGACAUGCGUCGGCAUGUGGUUGAUAUGCCUAUGGAGGAUGGCUUCGUCCUGCAGGAUGGCACUCCUCCGUCCAUUCUGGAGCUGCCCUACAAGAUCCUCAUGAAGACAUCGAAGGGGGAGGAUAUGUCGCCCAAUGAGAACGAAUUUACGGAGUUCCUUCACUCCUUCACCGGCACUGCUUUCAAGAACACACUGGCAUUCCUCUCCAUGAGUCAUGACUCGAGCAGGGGUCGGUUGCACCAUGACCCAUCCAACGGCCGCGUCUGGGUGGACUUUCCAAAGGUUGGUGAGGAGCAGAACUUCAAGAAGAUCUACGAUGCUGCCCGAUCUGCAACAAAGGUUCUUAAGGGAGAGGUCAUACCGAAUCCUGUUUGGGGUGGCGUCAUCCCGAAGCUCAAAGGCUCCAAGGGUGUAGUGACUGUUCAUCCUCUUGGUGGAUGCAGCAUGGCAGAAUCUGGAAAAGAAGGUGUGGUUGACCAUUCUGGACACGUUUUCAAAGGAGACUCAAACGAGACGUAUCCUGGUCUUCUUGUCGUAGAUGGCGCUGUCAUGCCUCGUAGUCUUGGUGUUAAUCCCACACUUACAAUCAGUUUGGUGGCGGAGCGAUGCAUGCGUCUCCUGGCUGAGUGUAAAGGUUGGACAAUACACUACGGUUUCGGCAAAUCGAUUGAAAAGAAGUCCCGCAGCGACUGCAAACCUGGCUUCAAAUUCACGGAACGCAUGGUCGGCCACCUGACCGCUGACCGUUUCCCAUACCCCUGCGAAUUCAUCCUGACCAUCGAGAGCCAGGACAUCCAACACAUGCUUGAAGUGGAUCCUGAACACAAAGCAGCCAUCCAUGGCACUGUCAAGUGCACGGCAUUGCACGACAAACCCUUGACAGCGUCAAACGGAGUAUUCCACUUGUUCCGGAAGAGCAAGGACAACGUCGAGACCAAAGAAAUGACCUAUGACAUGACUCUGCAUGGUGGAGACAAGUUCUAUAUCUUCAAGGGAGUCAAGACCGUGCACAAGGAUACGGCGGUUGAAAUAGGGAUGACCGAUACGACGACGCUGGCGAUUACGGUCACUGAAGGGACUGAACCAGGCGGGAAAGAGGUCGGGAAGGGUAAGCUCGAGAUCAAGUUCUCAGAUUUCAUCAAGCAGUUGUCGACGGUUCAGGUGACAUGUUGUUGCUCGAAGAGGGAGAGGAUGAAAUGGAAAGCCAAGUUUGGAAGUUUCUUCACGGGCAUUCUAGUAGAUUCGUAUGGUGUCUUUAAUCCGCAUGGGUUGAGCUCCCCGUAUCGUCCCGAUGCUGAGCCGAGAAAGCGCAGACCGUUGAAUCUCAAUGAGAUGACUCCCAAAGUCCAUCACCUCCUUGCAACUGACGGCACGCCUCUUGCAUUAACAAGAUACAAGGGCGGUGAUAAAGGACCAAUUCUGUUAUUACACGGACUGGGCGUCACGCACCGUAUCUUUGCUCUUGACACAGUAGAGGUCAGCCUCGUCGAAUUCCUUGUGAAGCAUGGCUUUGAUGUCUGGGGCCUGGAUAUGCGAUUCUCAAUAGCCCUUACGGCUCACAGGAAGGGUAGCUUCAUCAACGAUCCAGCAGACAAGGACAUUCCUCCAGCCGUAGACUUCAUGAUGAAAGUCACAGGAGCACCUAACAUUCAGGUCAUCGCCCAUUGCGCUGGAUCGGCCACAAUGCAUGCCUCUCUCCUCGGCGGACACUUGGACGGGAAAAUCCGCAGUAUGGUUGUGUCCCAGGUAGGUUUCCGCUUCAUUGUCAGCAGAUUCAAUAAGGUCAAGGCGAAUGCACGCCUCCCAAAGUUCCUCCAAUGCAUCGGAGUGAAUGGGAUGAGUGCGUACUCAGACAUCGAGGACGCGUGGCAUCGGAAAUUCAUGAACCGCGUCUUCGAUGGCAUCUCAAACAUCACUUCCGAGAGUAGAGAGCAAUGCGACAGCGACGUGUGCCAUCGGAUCACUUUCAUCUACAGCCUCCUCUGGCUUCAUCACAAUAUGAACCCCUCAACGCAUGAUACUCUUCACGAAUGGAACGGCUAUGUUCACUCCGAUAUCUUCAGGCACUUCGCCCAUUGCACCCGCAUGGGGUUCCUUGACAGACUGGAUGACGACGCGGAACCGUACCUUCCCGAUUUCCACUCCCCAGAGAGACUCAAUUCGGAAGCAUAUCGGAAGCAGAUGAAGCACUUGGACAUUCCCAUAAUGUACUUCAGCGGAGAGGACAAUCACUGCUGGGAUCCAGAAACCACAAAGCAGAGCUACGAGCGAUGCAAGGAAGCAAAUCCAGAGCAAGACUAUGAGUGGUUCACGGUCCCAGACUAUGGGCACCUGGACUGUAUCGUCGGAAAGGAUGCCUCUGAUGAUGUCUUUCCGAAAUUCUUGCCAUUCCUUGAGAAGUAUGCAAAGCCGUAAGAGAAAUCCUGAAAUCAUUCUCGCUAUGUUCCUUGCUAUAAUUCAUGAUAUGUGCUGUUGCUGUCGUUUUGAUGGUCUUAGUAACUGUUACAAUAGACAUUUUACCAGAUGUUGAUGUUGUUGUGUUUGUUGCGAGUAUAAGUCUCUAAUUCAGUACUGUUGUUGCUAGUAUAGUACUCACAACUCGCAUAUCUUACUUUUUGACAACGGGAAGCGAAGUAACAUACAUGUACCUGAACUCCGUUUACGUUAUGAGAAGGAGAUGUAACACAUCUCCCGUAUUACGAUGUCGUAUUUUUAAAGGCCAUGUGUACUAGUGCGGCCAGGAGGGAUAAGACCACACAGCGUGGUCACUGACAGGGAGCUUUCUAAUCAACUCAGCUCUCAAUUAACAUAAGAAAAAGAGGAUCACGGGGGACCAAUGGUCACCACUUAGGCAUUUUUUCUAUAUCGAGGGAGCAAGUAGCUACAAGUAGUACAGUAGGGCUUUAAUGUAUCUCUUGCGACAUCAUACCCGCAGAUCAGCCACAGUCAAAUACAUGUCAAAUCAAUGAUGACUUUAUAAUAUUACAUCAUCAUUAAACUGAAAUGAAGCUUCAUCAUUGGUCGGUUGUAUUCAAACUUAAAAGUCAUUAUUAAAUAUAUAGAACAUGUGGAGAAAAGGGUGGAGGAAAAGAAAUAAACACGACAAGGGAAAUAUCACUUUAAUUGGUUACGAUAAUUGUGUGAAAGAAAAUCAAGAGUUUGUAAAACUUUCCAAUUGAAUUAUGCUUUAGAAGAUGGAACACGUUGUAGAAUCUGUGAUUAAAUGGAUGUGACCAUUCAAAAUUCAUAGUUAUUAUAUACAAACGGUAGUCAAGUUUAAGCCAAGAGUAAGCAUUAUAUUAACAUUGAGGUAAUUGCAAACUCCAUCUUAUUUUAACGAUUAUUUUGAAAGGUUUACUUAUCUCCAUUCCAGUUAUGAAAAUCUCUUCGAAUAUCAAUGAAAACUUGAGGUUGUCGGGAAUGGGUCUGGUUGUAUAUAACGCGGGGCGCAGUUGUAUGAUGAUGAUCAACAAUCAGUAAGAUUUUUAAACUGACCUGAACUGGUCACUUACAUACCUCGAGGAUUGGUGUUCAGGAUUAAGAUAAUAAUAACAAUAAUAUUCAUCUUUUAUAUAGCGCUUAAUACAUCCCGGACGUCUCUAAGCGCUAUACAGAGAUACUAUCACCCCGGUCAUUGGAUUCAGUGCUUUCCCGCACACAACGUUUGCACAAUCUUCACUCCCUGGUGAGCUUUCCAGCCAGGCGUGACUUGACGCUCAAAAACUGUUCGACCAAAAAUGACGGUCGCAUCCUACCAGGUACCCAUUUUAACACCUGGGUGGAGAGUAGCAAGUAUAGGUUAAUUUCUUGCCAGAGGAUAUUAGUGCCGCGUCGAGAUUCGAACCCUCGACCUUCGGUAAUAGAUAGUUUCCCUUCCGAACCUUUAUUGAUGGGCCUUGAUAUAUGCUAACUCUUUAGAAUCUUAAUUGAUCACAACCUUCCCUGCAGUUGGAUACUUGUCCAAAAUUGAAUUUCAAGCUGCUUUUUUAUUGAAAUGAGGGAUGUGAAGAAUAUAAAUAUUUAAUGUAUAUAUUUGUUUCAGUGUUUCGUCACCCAUUGUUAAUAUUACAUAUUCCAUAAUCCGGUAGGCAUUUCUGGAUAUCCUGAUGCUUUUACAUGUAUAUAUCUUGCAGUGUAAUUCCUAUUUGCAUUAUUUGAGAUCCAAAUUUCUGUUUAAAUAUAUAGUUUAUGUUUCAAUUCUGUCUUACUGUUUCACGAAAUGUGGUUUGGGAACUCGAACGCAUCGGAAGUUUAUCACAAUUUUAUGCUACGUGUUUCAGAAAGAAAAAAAAUGUUUCGGUAUGUAAUAAGUAUUAAGUUUCAAGAUUUGAGGUCACUAUGUAUAGGGCCUACGCUUGUAUCAGUACAUAGUUGACAUAGGUGUAAAGUUGUCAUCGUCGUUGUUGUUGUUGAUGAUGUUGUCGUUGUGGGUGUUGUUGAUGAUGUUGUCGUUGUGGGUGUUGUUGAUGGUGUUGUCGUUGUUUUUGUUAUUGUCGUUUACAAUGAAAUAUAGUGGAUCGUAGCUGUGGUGAGUGUGACUCGCCCCUAUGAAAAUGUUAAAUUUUGCAAGCAGCUGUCAUAUGGUAUUAGGAAGUGAUUCGUUCGAUUAUUCAACACUGCUGGCAGUAUAAAACGCUCCGUCAAUUGUGAGCAUUCUAAACACUUGUCAUGUUGUUUUAUUCUGUUAUUUUUCCACGUUCAAAAUAACAUCUUUACAACAAUCAAAGUAGUAUGACUUCAACAAGUCUACCAGAAUCAUAAAUAUGCAAACUUAUAUAAUUAUGACAGCAGUUUGACAAUAAAAUGAAGUAUUAACAAAAGAAUGAAGUCACCAUUAAAUGUUACCAGCACAAUUGUAUACACAGUGCGAUUUAAUGGAAGUUUAUUGAUUAAAUUUGUAUUGAAAGUGGGUGGAGGGGGCAGUGUGCUGUAGUAGUUCGAUCUGUGGUUAAGUUAUGAUAUAAUAAUAUAAAUGACAAAUAACGAAAAUGUGUAUUUGAACAGUUGCUAAAUCGAGUGAUUUUUUUUUAUGACAAAAGAAUUCAGUAUUAGGCCUGUGUCUACAUUUAUACAUUGAAGUUAGUUGUUUGCAAAACAACCAAUCGCCUCGUUGUGGUUCGUAUUAAUGUUUGUAUUGACAGUAUUUAAUAUUGGUUGAUUUACAUAUUAUGCUGUUCUCUUAUUAUCAUUAAAUAUGUGGUAUCUUACGUGCAA